GUGGUCUGUAGUGGAACGCAGAAGACAUGGCGGCGCCCUGUAGGAGACAUGCUUACAAGUGGAUAUGUAUGUUGCGGGCGUCGUUUCGGGGUUUUCCUCGGGCUAUUACAACAGUGGUGUCCGAGGAGCAUGGCCACGGCUUAACUGCUGCCGAUAAUAGGGCGGAAGGGAAACCAGCCAAUGUGCAAACAGCAGAGACCGGGGGCAAGGAGCUCUUUAAAGGCACAGAAUCAUUCGCCUCGUUGCUGCGCCGCUCCCCGCUGGUACAGAUGGGUCCUUCCAAGGAUAAAAUAGCCAUUGGUAAAAUUUUCCACAUCGUUGGAGAUGAUCUUUAUGUCGACUUUGGCGGAAAGUUUCACUGCGUUUGCAAAAGACCAGAACAAGAUGGAGAGAAAUAUCAAAAGGGAAUGAGAGUUCGGCUGAGACUGGUUGAUCUGGAGCUCACUUCAAGGUUUUUGGGAGCAACGACUGACACCACCUUGCUGGAGGCCGACGCAGUCCUGCUGGGUCUGCUGGAAAGUCGGGAGACCAAGUGAUGGUACUUGGGUGCUGUUGGCAAAUCCCUUAUAAACUCCUGCAGCCACUGAUGGGUUAAUAACGCAUUUCAGGAAAGGUUAUUCUCGUGGCACAAGAGUUCAUCAAAACAUGCAGCUGAUUGGACGCUUAUGGAACAAUCUCAUUGUCUGCUAUAACAGCUCCAGGGCUUCUCCAAUUUGCAGGGGCAGAAUAUGAUCUGGAAUUCAUUAUCCGCAAGGUUAAGACCUGCACUCCCUAUUUUCUUACUUUCCUUUGUUCCUCUCUUAUCUCAGUGACUGACACAUUAAAAAAAAGACAAAAA